AUGAACGCAAGACCCAAAAAGGCAGGUCAGCAAGCGAAAGGCCCUAGCUUGCCUACGCCGCCUCAAGCUUACGAUCCUUACCUGAUCUACAGAAGCCCUUACUUAAAGACACUCUCGGGACUCAAGCUGAUCACGGGCACACUACUUGCAUGCGGCUGUAUUGCUAGCCCAGCAUUGGCAUUCAUGGGACCUGAGGGCUAUCUAGGUGCUUGUGCAGUGGCCCUUGCGAGUCUCUUGCCCCUGGGCGUUCAAAGAGCUGUGAUUCCUGGCUUUGUGGCCUCGAUACGCAUUAUACCGCCGUCUGCCAAGGACGUAGAGCACACUGAGCCUGCAACAGCGAGAUCCACCGCUCGCUCGGCAAGUACAGCACCUAUUGAUAUCCUCGAAGGCAUCACGUCCAACACGAUUCUGCAGCUCGAUACAGUCAGUCUCCUUGGGCCAAUCCAUACAAAGCUCGAGACAGUGGCAGAUUUACAACUACGAAAGCCGGGUGCGAAGAUCUCAUGGAGCAAUCUCAAGAGCACACGUACUGGAAACCCCUACUAUGUUGAGAAGCUCGCCGGUGGUCCAAUUUUGCGGAGGAUAUUCGAGCUCAUUGCGGAAGCAGAGAAGAAACGCUCCGGUGCGAACUCACACUCUAAGGUCACCACAAGACGGGCACUCAAUUGUAAGAGGUUGAACUUGAUAAGUCUGCCAUGCUUCGGGUUACCUCGUCAGCCUGAAGAGAUACAUCCGCUAGCCAUGAUCGAGACAGGAGACGAUCAUGGGUCUAUGGCACAAAUCGCCAGUAAUCGAUCCGUCCAGCUAGCUCCUUUCUCAACAGAGACGAGAUUCGGCUGA